AAAAAAGAACAAGAACAAGAAGGAUGUGACGUUUCGUCCCUUUCGAUUCAAAGGUUCUAGCGCCAAUAAGAAUCCCACCUUGUUUAUGUUUUUUAUAAGUAAGCAUUAUGGAGUUUGACGAAAGCUUUAUAGUGGAGCGAUUCGACGACUUAAGCAUAAGUGGAGCAGCCGAACAGGGACAGCUGAUGACUUUCCACUGUCUGCAAUGUAACACUAUUUUGGCGGACUCUUUAACCGUGUGUGGAGAAAUCAAAAGCAUCGACUCCAUCAUGUGCAUACGAGUAACCAAUGAUGUCGUUGUGAGCGAAGCACUUGAGUCAGUAAACAAAGGGGUGAUGACUAACUGCAUUUAUUCCCAUCUAAAGUGCCGUUCAUGCAACUAUGUCGUGGGUAGAGUUAUCCAUGCUGCUCCCUUACAUCUCACUGCUAUUCGCUCCAUCUUCCUCCUGAACAAAGCAAUGAUGAGCAGCUACAUUCUCGACAGCAGCUCAAUGGUGAAAACAUCUUCACUCUCAUUUGAUCUGAAGCCCCUUCAAGAAACUGUUAUUGAGGUGAGGGAAGAGUUUGAAGAGGAGCUCAAUCAAUUGGCAGACAGCUGCAGCCGACUGACUGACUCAAGCAUGAGCAGUCAAAGCACUGUGCACAGCUAAUAAGCUGCUUGGAGUCUGUGCUGCAAAUGUGUAAACUGGGACCAUCAUUGAUGCCUUCCAGUCUAGAUACUUUUUUUUUUUUGAUUCCCUAUUUCUUUAAUAAUCAAUAUUAAGGCCAUCUUUAAUAUCUGUCUUGGCAAAAGCUUCCUACUUACAUAUGCAGCAGAUGACCUGCAGUUGCUUUCUAGGAGGGAUUGAGUCUAGGCCCUAGAGCCAAUUUAAUUGGCUCUGAACCCUUUUAUUACGGUAGUUGAAUUCUUACCCAAACCACAGGAAACUACAGCUUCUUAUCUUUAACCGCUCCUUGAACCCAUUAUUUAACAACAACCAAACUGCAAAAGUACAUCAGAUAUUUGUAAUGUGGUCCAGUGUAAAAUAUCCUGUUGGCUCGAUGAGCACUGUUGACUGAAAAGAACAGGUUUACCAUCUUAAUAGACUGUUUGAUGCACAGGUUGAAAUCAAAUAUUUCUUCCAGUUAUAUUGUUAAUUCUUCACAUUUCAUCGGACUAUUCUUAGAU